GUAUAAUUGGGCCUAUUAAUGGCUUACGGCCCAACAAACUAAAACUCCGAACGAAAAAAUAAUAAAUAAAGAAAUGGAGGAGACAAACCGGAACCCAGACGCGAAAAUUGUAGCUGUGAGAGAAAAAAUGGCCGACGAGAGCAAAGCUGAGAUUCCGGCGAAGCACGAUUUGAAUGAGAAGUGGGACGCCUGCCUCGAUUUAGGUCUCCGCCGCUUUUCGUAUGCUUCGAUCGCCGGCGGUUUUGCUGGAAUUCUUCUCUUCCGAAGUCCUGUGACACGCUGGGCUUCUGUAGCUUUUGGUGCUGGAUUGGGGAUUGGGUCUGCGUACUCAGAGUGCUCUCGUAAAUUGGAGGAAUGCCCGAAAAAGUAUACUCUGUAAUUUUUGUGACAACUGUCUCCCCAAGGUUGUCUAGGUGGAGUGAAGAGGAGUAAAGCCCCAUCAUAUUGGGAAGAUUUUUAUUCAUUUUUGUUAUCUCAGAUAAUGUACUUGCCAAGAAAAUUCUGACAUUUAAUCAAAGCCCCUUAUGGCUGAUGUAUUCAUCACUUAUACUGAUGCUGUCAUUUUAAUUCUUUAUCACAUAUAGAGAAGGGCUCUACAUAAACGCAGAAUUUCCCGAAUCUAUCUGUUAAAUUUCCUUGUGUGUCGACUCCUGAAAUUACCUUUUUUUUUUUUUUUUGU